UGGGGUCAGCUGGACUAUUUAGUAAUUGACAUGCCACCUGGGACUGGAGAUGUACAGCUGUCAGUUUCACAGAAUAUUCCAAUCACAGGUGCUGUGAUCAUCUCCACUCCACAAGACGUGGCUUUACUGGAUGCACACAAAGGAGCUGAAAUGUUUCGAAAAGUUCACGUACCUGUUUUAGGACUGAUUCAAAAUAUGAGUGUUUUCCAAUGUCCCAAGUGUAAGCAUGAGACGCACAUUUUUGGAACUGAUGGUGUAAGAGAUCUAGCAAAAACCCUUGGAUUGGAUAUUUUAGGAGACAUUCCACUGCAUGUUAAUAUACGGGAGACGUGUGAUUCAGGACAGCCUGUUGUGAUCUCACAGCCCCAGAGUGAUGCGGCUAAAGCCUAUCUAAAGAUAGCUAUGGAAAUAGUAAGACGGCUGCCAGUACCUCCUGCUUGA